GUUGACGAUGGAUCGCAGUGGUCCCGCAGGAAAAGUGAAGACGAGACGACCCCUCAAACAGUCAGAAGGCAGCGCGCUGCCUACUAAGAUCAGACCCGAAGACAUUUGUUUGGCCGAUACUGUGAAGCGAGAUGGCGAACGAGAUGCAAACGCGGAUGAUGCUACGCGAAGCAGCCAAGCAUGACCAGAUACUGAAGAACUCCCUCCCGAUCUCCAUCCCCUUACCGGGGCAUCAUUCGAGCUGUACACUCCCUGCCGGAAGAGCUGUUAGACUCGACCCCGAAAGCCGGACCAGCCCCGACGGAGGAAAACGGUCAUCUCUAGCAGAGUGCAAGCUGCUCUCAUCGCCCCCUGAGAUGACCAAGACGGCAAUCACACACCACCUCCGGAACGCGGAAACCAAGCGGAUGUGGCCCCAGGGGACCACGCAAGAUGUCCCGGACACGGCACUGCCCCAUGUCGCCGAGGCCAUCAUGGUCUUCGAACGGGGCGACGAGCACGAUGAGCGCGGCGCCUGCAACCGGUGCAGACGUGGCGAGGGGACAUCAAAGGAGUGCGUGACCAUCUCGGAUGUGCCGUGGGCCUGUAGUAACUGCAUCUACGAUCGAUGCAGCGAGGCUUGCGAACUCAGCUGCCGGAGACCGUCUGUAGCCAAGGAGGAUGAACGAGGGGAGGGGGGCGAGGAUGAGGAGGUUGGAGACGAUGAGGGUAACGUCGACUUCUGGGGAAAGACGGACGAGAUCGCAGAUCGCCAUUUUGUUCUGUCCCUGGUGAAGCAGCUUAGGCAACGAGCGGGCUACGGGGAGGAAGAGAGCCCGGUAGAACGGGCGAGGCAGAUUGAGAGAGCAGCAUUGAGAGUAUCUCAGCUCGCGAGGGUGUUCAGCGAGGAGAUGCAGCGGUCGGAUGGAUCGCUGGUGGUGCCUUCAGUUGUCAACCGCAUGCUGAGCUAG